ACAAACUAUUGGGCUAGAUGCUCGUGCCGUUCAAGUAACGGUCGGCCUGCCGGACAAGAUACACCUCUGGCGGUUGUUUGCAUAGGAUAAAAGCUGACUUCAGAGUGCUACUCAGACAUCGCACCCCUCAACAUUGCGACCUUUCCCCAACAUGAAGCUCGCCUCUGCAUUCGUGCUCGUCGCCUGUAUCCUCCUCGAAGUCGCCACCGCAGCUCCGGCCCUUCAGGCUCAGGCCGAGAAACGCUUUGAGACCAGUAGUGCAUUUGGCGGGGAUGGUGUGGGCGCAGAGUCCGCCCCGAGAAACGCGGUUUUUUGGGCACCGCCUAUGCUUUACCCUACCUUGAAUCGACGAUCUCGAGAAACGCGGGUUUUUAGGCGCCGCCUAUGCUUCCCCCUACCUUGAAUCUGAUGAUCUCGAUAAACGCGGUGCGUAUUCUCUUCAGCUAUUGCGCAUAAUACCCUGGCG